AUGCCCCGUCCGUCACGGAGCGCGUACAGCUCGCGCAAGCCGCCGUACUCGUACAUCAGCCUGACGGCCAUGGCCAUCCAGAGCAGCCCGGACAAGAUGCUCCCGCUGAGCGCCAUCUACCGCUUCAUCUCUGACAACUUCCCCUUCUACCGCCACAACACGCGGCGCUGGCAGAACUCUUUGCGCCACAACCUGUCUUUCAACGACUGCUUCAUCAAGAUCCCGCGCGGGCCCGAGCGUCCGGGCAAGGGCGGCAUGUGGGCCCUGCACCCCCUCUGCGGGGACAUGUUCCAAAACGGCAGUUUCCUGAGGCGCCGCAAGAGGUUCAAAGCUGCGCGACCCGUGGCCCGGGGCUGCUCGCCACACCUGCACCGCCGCCCGCCGCACCCACCCUUCAAGCACCCCUUCGCCAUUGAAAGCCUCAUGGCCGUCGCGAACGGUAAACCCGCCCGGCAGCAGCAGGACGGGCGCCACGUGCUCCCCUCAGACCGGAUGGCUUCGCCUGCCGUACUACCUGUCCCGGCAGGAGACUUCCCCCUUCCGGCCUCGGCGCCGCGUGAUUACGGCGGGCACGUUCCGGUGCCUGUCGAGCCCACGCCCCCUGGCCUACGCCCCACUGAGCCGCCCUUCCUCGGCCAUUUCCUUUCCCUUUCGCGUGGGUGCCCUCUAAGCGACUGAGCUUGUGCGGCAAAAAAGCAAUCAAGGAUCUUUUGGCGCGGGGCGUUUUGUGCUCUUUCAUUGCAAAAUCCAAACGUGUUUGUUGGCUUUCAAAUGUUGGCUUCGGCGUGACUGAAUGACCCCCCCAUCGAACGCCUCCUCCAAUUAAGUGCGGACAUUUCAUGCUCUUACCUAACAAAGGUUAAAAUGAGCUUGUCAGCUUUCAAAUGUUCUACUCAUCAUCUUAAUGUUUGUACAGAGCGUUGAUUUUGAUGUGACUAUUUCUGACUUUUCAAAAUUCACGAUUGUCAAAUGGGUAAUAGUAAAUAUUGUUUACAUCACCAACUAUUGCAACAAGAUAACAUUUCAUCGCAGUUCUGCUGCUGUUUGAAAACAAUGUGUCAUUUGUCCAUUUCCAUCAUUUCUUCCAAUCAUGCCAAUAAUGUCGUAUUUUCUUCAUAAAACAACGGAAAGACGUUGAAUGUUAAUUUCCUCCCUCUCUCUGUCUCUCUUUGGUGCAAAUUUCACAUUGCAAUUAAAAAAAGACACACACACAUGCACACGCGCGCACUCCUCAAUGGACAGCAGUGUUCAUCACGAUAAUUUUUUUUGUCGUUAUCGUUGAUCAAGUUGUAUGUGGAUGUUUUAAAACUACAUUUGUUACUCAUAAUGAAAUGUACAGUUUGUGAAUUGGCAUAUAUCACUUGUGAUUCAUUUGUAUUAUAUAUCAUUCGAUGUUCUUUUCUUUAAUCGUGAAAAGCCCGCAAUAUCAAAAUUCCUAUGUAGCAAUUGGGAAAUAUCGUCAGGGAGCAAAGAGUACCCAACAAAUGUGUGCAAAAAUUCUCGGAAUGAAAGAUGCGAUUGUUGUUGGGAAUCCUUCCCUCCAGACUUUGACAAAAUGUCCAAUCUGUUGUGCACAUUUUGCCGGCCGGCGUACGCGGCGGAAAAAUCAGUCCGCGGUUUGUCGGCCGUCCGCCGACAAGACGCUGGACCCGUAACGGCCACAAAUGGAGGCGUUGGGAUGUUUGGUGGCAAUCGGCGGGGCCGCGGGCGUAGAAUGGCAGCCGCCUCCUCUCCCAGGGCAGCGCUGCCUUCUCAAGUCGCUUCCCACCACUCGAGUGUGACUGGGGAGUCCGUGAUGAGCGUGUACCAUAAUAAAGCCUUUUGAGACACAAGUGUAACGCAUUAUUAUGAUCGGUGACUCAUCAUAGCAAUGAAAGAUUGUUUUAUUCGGUACAAAGCAAAUCCACGGUA